GAGCCAGAAAUUGGAAAGAGACUAGAUGUCCAUCAUCUGUUUUGAAUGGAUAAUAAAAUAUGGUGCAUUUACACAAUGGAAUAUUUUUUAGCUGUUAGAAAAAAAAUGUAAUUAUAAAAUUUGCAGAUAAAUGGAUGAGCUAGAAACAAUUAUCCUGAGUAAGGUAACCCAGACCCCCAAAGAUGAAUAUUGCAUGUUUUUUUCUUCUAUAUAGAUGUUUGCCUUUAAUCUUUAUACAUGUGUGUUUUAGUCCAAAUAACCACAGAGGUUACAGGACUGAUACACACAUGAAUUCACGGAGGCUCUGACAGUAGGCACAAGACCUGCUGAGGCUUAAAACAGACAAAAUCCCAGCACUGAGAAGGACAAAUGGACACAAACUCCCACCCCUAGCCAAGACGCUAUGUGCAAUUGAUAUCUGCUGGGAAAGGGAUUGUCAGUUUUCUCCAGGGGAGUGUCACUGGGUGUAUUAACUACAUUUCAGGUCAAGGCCCCACGUGAGGGAGUAACUGACCAACACAAAACAGAAUCCACUUGCAUUUAUGUGUGUGUGUUUUGUUUUGAUUCUUUUUUUUUUUCUUAUUAGCUUUUGUUUUGAUUUUUAAAUUUUUUGGUUUGGGGAUCAUUUGGGUGAGGGAGAGAGAAAAACAUGAAGUUGAGUGAGUAGGGAUUAGGGAAGAAUUUGGUGAGGAGAAGAAUAUAAUCAAAGUACACUAUACAAAAAAUUUAAAUUAAAAAUCAUAAAUAAAAGGAGGUAAGAUUCUGAUGUUAUAUGAAGGUUAUCAGACACUCUAGGUUCUUUAAAGAAAGACGAUUUACUAGUCAAAGUCUUUGUUUUUUAAACAGACUCAUACAGCACGGGCUGGCCUUGAACUUGAGUUAGGUUGGGGAAUCGCUGAAAGAAGACGUCAGACUCAGGUAGUAUGCAAAAGCAAGGAGUGUUUAUACUGCAGAAAUUGCCAGCAUGCUGUGCGCACCCAGACUCAACGUAAAGACGGGAUUUCUCUGGUGUGGUUAGGUAAUCUUUUCAUUGAUUGGUUGGUGCUGAUCUAGGGGAUGCGGGGACUUGGUGUAGUACCCAGGUAACAAGGUGUGCCCAGGUAACAAUAUCAUUUUGACUUAGCUAAACGAAGCAUAUCUAGCUAACCUUUGAUUGGGCAAGUGCUUGAGGACUUUUCAAAGCGGUCACUAAAUUAUUGUCUCUAAUUUUCGGGGGGGGGGGUAUUGAGUUAUUGUAUCUUGUUUCAAUAGACUGCAGUUUUGUUUUCUGAGAAAAGGAAACUCAGGCUUGUUCAGUUUGAAGCCAAUUUUGAAACCUGUCAGCGAGUCAAACCGGCUUAUUAAAAACCAGUCCCCUCUCUUGCAAGGUAGCCCAGACCGGCUUUGAACGCCUGACCCUCCUGCCUCUACCGCCCAAGUUAUGAGAUUACAGUCACUAGGUAACGUUAUCAGCCAACAGUCAUUACCCUAACCGUUUAAAAAGGAGGCUCCUCUCUAGAAAAACUACCGGGAGUAAAGAGGGAACCGCAGGAAUAAGAAAUAGGCAAUAGAUCAGAGCGAGGGGCCAGAAGACUUGCUGGCCACCGGUGCCCUCCCACUGGGGCGGCCGCGCUGGAGGAGAAAGGAAGCACACAUGUUCAGUCCAGAGUGAGAGAAAUAAAGAUGUUUGCUCUUGGUGUGUGUGCUUUUCUCCAUUUUAAACGUCUCUGUAAAACAAAAUCGAAAUACAUAUCCAACCAAAGCCCUUCCAUUGUCGUUCUAAAGUCAAGGAAGGGGCCUGGGAGCCCCGGUCUCCAUUACGCCCAUGGUGGCUCACAACCGUCUGUAUCUAACUUUGUCAAAAUGUUCCUUCAGGCCCGGCCCAGGCUGCGGGCGGGAGGUCAGAGAAGCCGCGCCUGCUGCCACGUCUGCUCGUAGCUUUCGUUUUCUGUGCGUCCUUCCUGUGCAGAGGCCUCAGAAUGAGGCCUUCGGAGACCCAGGAUCUGAGCCUCUCGAGCGGUCCGCUGUGCUUUCCGUGCGCCUGCGUCUUGCCGGCGUAGACCCAGAGUGAAGCCCUGGAGACCCGAGACCUGAGCCUCUGAGGGCUGGACCGUGUCUCGUCCGAUCCAGUUUUCUGGAGGUCUCCUGCGAGGACAGGUGACAGUCUGAGCCACCGUGAGUGGGAUGGGCCUGCGACUGCCCAGUAGUGCCUCUAUUGCAAGAACUCUGAAGGCAAUGAAGAAAGCCUGCAGAGAUGGUGUCGGCUUCUCACGGUUCGAGGAACCCUGCUGAGUGGAUGGAAGCCGGGUGAGAGCUUGGCUGCCGAGUUGCUGAGCAUGGCGCUGGGUCCUGUGUCCGCCGAGGUCAUUCACCAGGUGGAAGAGUGUCUUGACGAGGAAGAGAAGGAGAUGAUGCUCUUCUUAUGUAGAGAUGUGGCCGAAAACCUGGCUCCACCUAAUGUCAGGGACCUCCUAGGGAGCUUGAGUGAGAGAGGCCUGCUGUCUUUCGCUGCCUUGGCUGAACUGCUCUACAGAGUGAGGCGCUUUGACCUGCUCAAGAGGAUUCUGAAGACUGACAAAGCGACUGUGGAGGCUCACUUGAGCAGAAACCCUCACCUUGUUUCUGAUUAUAGGGUGCUGAUGAUGGAAAUUGGUGAGAGUCUGGAUAAAUCUGAUGUGUCCUCAUUAGUCUUCCUUACAAGAGAUUACACAGGCCGAGGCAAGGUGGCCAAGGACAAGAGUUUCUUGGAUCUGGUGGUUGAACUGGAGAAACUGAGUCUGAUUGCUUCGGAUCAGCUGACUCUAUUAGAAAAGUGCCUGAAGAACAUCCACAGAAUGGACCUGAAGACAAAAAUCCAGAAGUACACUCAGGCCGGUCAAGGAACAGAGUCGAAUAUGAAUUCUCUCCAGGCUUCUCUCCCAAACUUGAGUAUCAAGGAGUCUUUAUAUAAUUCAAGGCUCCAGAAUGGGAGAAGUAAAGAACAAAGAUUUGUGGAACACCUUGGCAUUCAAAGAAAACCAGUGAAGACAUCCAUUCAGGAAUCAGGAGUGUUUCUGCCUCCGCACAUACAUGAAGAGAGUUACAGGAUGCAGAGCAAGCCCUUGGGGAUCUGCGUGAUCAUCGAUUGCAUUGGUAAUGACACAGCAUAUCUGAAAGAGACCUUCGCUUCCCUGGGCUAUUAUGUCCAGCCUUUCUUGUUUCCCCAUGCAAAAGAUAUAACACAUAUUCUCCGCCGAUUUGCCCGCCUGCACCAACACCAGUACUAUGACAGCUUUGUUUGUGUUCUGGUGAGCCGAGGAGGCUCCCAAGGCAUGAUGGGUGUGGACCCGGCUCACCCGGGUUUCUCCUUGGAUCAUGUCAAGAGCAUGUUCAUGGGAGACAUGUGCCCUUCUCUCCGAGGGAAACCCAAGCUCUUUUUCAUUCAGAGCUAUGAGGUGUUAGGCGGCCAGAUGGAAGAUGGUAGCUUGGAGGUAGAUGGGCCAGCAAUGAAGAAUAUGGACUCUAAGAUCCCGUGUCCCGGCUCCUGCACCAUUCACCGAGAAGCCGAUGUCUUCUGGAGCCUGUGCAGAGCGGACGUGUCCCAGCUGGAGCGGCCCUCCAGCUCGUCCUCUGUGUACCUGCAGAACCUCUCCCAGCAGCUGGAGCGAGAAAGGAGACGCCCACUUGUGGAUCUCCACGUUGAACUCAUGGACAAAGUGUAUGCCUGGAACAGCAGAGUGUCUCCUAAGGAGAAGUACUAUCUCAGCCUGCAGCACACUCUGAGAAAGAAGCUCAUCCUGUCUCGUACAUGAAAGCACGCAGCCUUCCGGGUUCUUGGUAUUCCGUCCAGGGUGGCUUGGAGCUGGCAAAGCUCUUGAUUGCUUGGGAGAAGGAAGGUUAUACCUGCUUCUGGUUCUGGUGGAAGCCCUUCUUCCCGACUCUCCUGUGCACAGACAUCAGCCCUAAACACCUGCUGUGGAGCGUGUCACUCCAGCCACCAAGCCUUCCCCACUCCAGUGGGUUGAGUCCUCCAAAACUGAGGGAAAGCAGACUUCUCCUUAAGUUCCUGUGUUAGACGUUUUGGCGCAGUGCAGGGAAUGGUAAGACAUAAACCUGUUGUUUUUUUAGGUUUACUCUACCAAGUAAUACCAAGCUAGUAUAAGAGUGGAUAGUCAAUGGUCCAAGUGACACUUGAGUGUAACUUAAGGAGAUUUGCCUGAGUUUGUCAUCUAACUGGGCAAAUUGUUCCUAUGUCCAGAGUGUAUACAUCUAAUCAUUUAGUAAAUUAUUAGCUUGUUAAGUUAUUAGACAUACCUAUUGCUUCAGGAACUAUGGGUCUCUGGCAUUGAGGAUGAACUCUCAUAUUUGUCUUUAAUUUUUGUAACCUAGCCGUCUAUAUUAUUUUUUUAAAAAACAUUUUAUUAUAUAUGUUUAAUAUUUACAAUAUGAUGUUUUGGAACACAUAAAGAUGGAAAAAUUUUACUAGUGAGCAAGGGAGAGUUGGCCCUCCCCCUCACUGGCUGCAGCACUCAGGAGAACAGUCCACACCUUGCCUGGGCAGCAUGUUAGAGCUGGCCCCGAGGGCAGAAGAGUGGGAGAGCUUGCCCUGGUGGCUCUGGUGCAGGAGAGUGGGUAGGCUUACCAACUCACUACCACCCAGGGUUUUGAGAUGGCCUACCCCAUCUGUGAACUGUUGGAGCAUGUAAAGGGGCCAGUCCUGCGGAACCAAAGCUGCAGGAUCUCCAUGACACAGGGCAUCCUAGAGGAGUCCCCGUGAGGAGCCAGAGGCCUCCAACCAGACUAAUGACUGUUUGCAAUCAACAUUUGCAAGUAAAGAUGUGUGGACAAAAGAGUUUAAUGUGAGGCACACUGUGAUACAUCAACAGUUUCUAUGGAGAUGCUUUUACUUUUACUUUUAUUUUUUGUUUUCGUUGGUAAGGGGAGGUUGCAAGGGUGGAGGGUAGUUAUAGAGGGAUGGGGAGAUGAGUGGGAUUGGGGUGCAUGAUGUGAAAGUCACAAAGAAUCAAAAAGUUUUAAACAAAGAAAAAAUAGUAAUAAUAGUGAAACAGAUUAGCUUAUUUAUAAUUUCAUAUAGCUAACUUUUUUAUGGCAUAAGUGAAAACCUUUACUUAUUUAUUAAACACUUUUGAAACAAAUCUGACAACAUGAAAGAAAAAUCCAGCCAUAUUAGUACUAGGGCAGGUGAGGUCAAAGUAUCACAAGUUCUGAGCUCAGUCUAGCUAUGUAAUGAGGUUGUGUGUGUGUGUGUGUGUGUGUGUGUGUGUUUGUGUGAGAGAGGGGGAGAGAGAGGAAUUCUAACAGUGAUUUUAUCAACUGCUAUAAAAUAUGGUUAUGUUACUUCUGUGUACUCUUGAGCAAUCUAAUAAUCUAAUCUCUAUCUGCAUUUAAGAAUAGUAAUCAAGGAGAUAGCGAGUUGGCUCAGCUGUUAAGAGCACUGGCUGCUCUUCCAGAGGUCUGAGUUCAGUUCACUGCACCCACAUGGUGGCCCACAACCAUCUAUAAAGGAAUCUGAUGCCCUCUUCUGGCAUGCAUGCAUACAUGCAGCAGAGAACUCAUAUGCAUUAAACAAACAAAUAAUAUAAACAGACAAACAAAAACAAAUGAGAAAAAGAAUAGAUCCUCGAGGUUCAGGGAUCUGUUUGGAAGAGGAGGCAGGAAGAUUCUAAGAGUUAGAGGUAGUGGGUGACUCCAAGGAAGCAGCAUCUUCUAGACACAGCAGGACCCACGUACAUAUGAAUCACAGAGACCAUGACAGCACAUACAAGAUCUGCACGGGUUCAAACCAGACACAAUCCCAGCGCUGAGAAAGGAUGUGAGUACCGGCCUGGUGACCUCUGCACUAUGCAAGCUGUUUAUCCUUUGUUUAUCUCAGUCAAUCUACUGCUCUGCCCUCCCUUAGGUCCUUUUCAGGUGCACUGUUACCUUGAGCCUCCUUCCUCAGUUAACCCAGAGGGCCCAUCUUCAUGGAAGAUGUUGCUUCUACCUUACAAGAGUUUUGACAUGACUACAGCAAGCUUUCUUUUUGCACACAGGGGGUUAAGUUAUUAGAAAUACCUAUUGCUUCAGGAACUAUGGGUCUCUGGCAUUGAGGAUGAACUCUCAUAUUUGUCUUUAAUUUUGGAACUGUCACAAGGAAACUUUUUUUUUCCCCCAAAUUCUGCUGUGCUUAAAAUGUGACUGAAAUAAACUGUCUGUUGUUAGACUCUCGAAGUUUGAACCAGCAGCAGCAACUAGGUUGUGUUGAACUGGACUUCCUUCUUGCCUCUCUUGGAUUAACACUCUGUUGUUUGUAGAGUUUGCAGAGACCCCCACAAAGGGGGAAGUGGAGGCAAAGUCCCUCUCAGCUAAGAAGCUAUGUGCAAUAGAUACCUGUUGAUAAAGGGAAAUAAUUUUUCUCCAGUAGAGUACCACUGUGUAUAUCAGCCACACUCCAAGGCAGUCCCCAAGCCCAGGAGUACUUGGCCAGCAACAAAAUGGAUUUUGUGUGUGUGUGCAAGUGUGCACACAUGUACUUUUUUUGUCUUUUCACUGAUUUUUUUUUCUUUUUGGUUUGUUUGUUUGCUUCCAUUUUCAACUUUUUCUCUUUCUGUUUUGAGAGAGAGUGAGAGAAGUUGCAUGGGUUAGGGAGGUGAGAGGAUCUGGGAAGAUUAUGGAAGAGUACCUCACAGGACUGUUUCAAGGACAGCAUGUAGGGUUCUCUACAGCCAUUUUUUUUUUUUUUGCGCUACACCCUUUUAACAUUAGUUGUGUCAUUAGACCACACAACGAAGGGUCUGUUUUAAAAGGGCUGAGUCAAGCAUUGAUAAAGUUGAUGGGAUUUGGCAGGUUGAGAGAGAGAAGAGGAUGAGCAAAGAGAAGGAGCAGAUGGGGAAGAUGCACAGGAAGCUUAGCAGCUGUGGGUCUAGCUUGCAGCUGGAAUGGGUAGUGGUGGGUGGUGAACCACAGGUGAAUGUGGUCCCAAUGUGGAGAACUUUGAAGGCCCCACGUUUCUCUUACAGCUAAUUGUCAUGUAAGAUAUUUCCCUUACUUUAAUAGUGGGAUCUUUGACUCCUUCUUUGUUGCUUUUGUUCACAGCAUGAGGUUUCUUGUUUUUCACUGAGUGUGGUUCCUACUGAAAUAUUUUAGACAUACUGAAAGAUAAUUAUGUAAGAAGACAAUGGAUGCCCAGCUUAAAUAAAAUACCCUAAAUAUGUGUAUGGAUACUCUUAAUAUAGUUCUUUAAGGCAUUGACCCUAAGUGUUGAAGUGAUAGGUGUCCUAAAACAUUUCAAACUAGUAGUUAGCCAAGUAUUUAGUUGAGUACAUAGUCAUGAUGGGCUACCAACUGAAUGAAAUUUUAUGUCACUAUUAAGAUCAUAUGUCCAAGCAGCCAGCUGACUCUGUCAUUUCCAUAGUUUUAGUAACUGCUUGUCUGCACUUCCUGCUGACUCAGCUAAUAUUUAUUUCCUUCUCAAGUUUCUAAUGGGGUUGAAGGCUAAAUAGUUACAUUCUUACAGUUAAGUUAAGCUGUUUAGGUUCUGACAAGAUGUUUUUAGAUGGGUAGUACUAGUAAGGAUAGAAAAUGAUGUAGGUAUAGAACUCUGAACUCACAAAGAGAGGAUAAAUUCUAGAGUACUGUCUCCUAAGUUGCUGCAUGCAAAUGUAAUUGCUACAUGAUGAUUUUCAUAUUUGUUUUUAUUGUAUGUUGUGUGUUGCUGUAAGAGGAAGAGAUUUUUGGAGGAUUGGUAUUGUGCUGCUAAUGUAUUUAAUUGUUAAUUACUGGUCCCCCAAUUUCUGGUUAUACCCCAGACAAACAUAUUCUCAUGUAUACCAAGCGAUGCUGUGUUACUUUGCUCCCCAAUCAUCCCUGAUUGGUUAAUAAAGUUGCUGACAGCCUGUGCUGGGCAGAGGAGAGGUAGGUGGAGCUACGGUUUUGGGCUUGUUAGUCUCAGAAGGAGGCAUGAGGACUAGGAAGAAGAUGGAGAAAGAGGACAUGACCUGAUGGAGCAGAUCCAGCCCAAACAGGACGACGUAUUAACAAGUAACUUAGGGUGUAUAGUUGGGAGACAGCAAAAUAGCUUAGAGGUUGGUAUCUGCCCAGCUCCAGUGCUUUAGAUUUAUAAAAUAAA